GAAGUUGCAAACCUUGCUGGUAAACUCCCUUUGGGACUGAAGAUUCUAGGCUCCACUUUGAAAGGAAAGCCCAAGGCAGAGUGGGAAAUGACACUACCAAUGUUAAAGACCAGCCUUAAUGGAGAAAUAGAGAGCAUUCUAAAGUUCAGUUAUGAGGCCUUAGAUGAUGAAUAUAAAUAUUUAUUUCUUUAUAUAGCCUGCUUUUUCAACAAUGAAGAUCAACAUAAAGUGGAAGAGAUUCUUUCAAAGAAGUUCUUGUAUGUCACGAAAGCUGGUAUUCAUGUCUUAGCUGAGAAAUCUUUCAUAUCUUUUAACAGUAUAAGGGGAUAUAUACAUAUGCAUGAUGUGCUAGCACAAUUCGGAAGAGAAACUUCUCGUAAGCAAUUCGUCCACGAUCAGUUUUCGAAAUAUCAGCUUUUGAUUGAUAAAAGAGAUAUCUCUGAAGUGCUUAGUAAUGAUACAACUGAUGAUAGACGGUUUAUAGGCAUGGAUUUAUCUAUGACUGAGAAGGAAAUGAAGAUAAGUAAGAAAGCACUUAAAAAAAUGUCAGAUCUCGAAAUCAUAAGAAUCAAGGAUUAG